UGGCAGGAGAGCGUGAGGGGAGAGCGGCUGAGGAGGGGGCUGAGAGGGUCCCGGCCAUGGCGGUGCAGGAGCCCCGCCCCAACCGCACCAUCAACACCAACAACCUCAACGAGGAGAUCAACAAGGACGGUUUUGGACAUUUUGGGCUGGCGCAGUCUCCGCAUGCGGGGCCAGGCCUUCGUCAUGCUCAGGGAGAUGAGCAGUGCCAGCAACGGCCUGCGCUCCAUGCAGGGCUUCCCCUUCUACGGCAAACCCACGCUGUCGGAGAACCCCCCGAACCACAUCCUGUUCCUGACCAAGCUCCCCAAGGAGAGCAAGGAGCUGAUGCUGUCCAUGCUCUUCCAGCAGUUCCCGGGGUUCAAGGAGCUGCGCCUGGUGCCCGGCCACGACAUCGCCUUGGUGCAGUUGGACACCGAGGUGCAGGUGUGCACCCGUGAGGCCCUGCAGGGCUCCAAGAUCACCCAGAGCAACGCCACAAAGAUCUCCUUGGCCAAAAAGUGA